AAACCGGGGUGUUGUUGCCAUGGCGAUGGCGGCCUAUUGCUGUGUGGGCGACGUUGGCACCGACAGUUACAGUUAACGGUGUUUGUGUAGUUGUAGCUGACGGAGAAUGUUGUAUUUGAUCGGCCUGGGCCUGGGGGACGCCCGGGACAUAACAGUGAAAGGUUUGGAGAUUGUGCGGAGUUGCAGCCGGGUCUACCUGGAGGCCUACACCUCCCUCCUGACUGUCGGCAAGGAAGUGCUGGAGGAAUUUUAUGGCCGUGAACUCAUCAUUGCAGAAAGAGAGAUGGUCGAACAAGAAGCUGAUGAAAUUUUGAAAGAUGCUACUGAUAAUGACAUUGCCUUUCUUGUGGUAGGAGACCCCUUUGGGGCGACAACACAUAGUGACCUCAUUCUGCGAGCUGUAAAAGCAGGAAUUCAGUACCAUGUUGUACACAAUGCUUCCAUAUUAAAUGCAGUUGGAUGUUGCGGUCUACAGUUGUACAAUUUUGGAGAAACUGUAUCUAUCGUUUUCUGGACACAGACCUGGAAGCCUGAAAGUUUCUAUGAUAAGAUCAAAAGGAAUCGGCAGACAGGAGUUCAUACACUGUGCUUACUUGACAUCAAAGUGAAGGAACAGUCUCUGGAAAAUCUAAUGAGGGGGAAAAAGAUCUUUGAGCCUCCCAGGUUUAUGUCUGUGAAUCAAGCUGCAGAGCAGCUUCUCGAAAUAAUCGAAAACCGAAGAGAUAAAGGAGAGGAACUGGCCCUCACUGAAGAGACGUUGUGUGUUGGACUGGCCAGAGUGGGUUCCAAAAAUCAGAAAAUUGCCGUUGCAACCCUACAGCAAAUGGUGAAGGAGGAUUUGGGUGACCCUUUGCAUUCUCUGAUCAUCACAGGCCAUAUGCACCCUAUGGAAAUUGAGAUGCUUAAGCUAUUUGCUGUGGACAAUUCAAGUUUUAAUAAACUUAUAACACUUGAUGGAUCAACAUACUACUCAUAGCAAAAAAAAAUAAAGUGUAAUUUUCAGCUUUGAUUCAAGUUUAGUGCUUCAUUGCAAGUUAGGCCACUUUUGGAAUAUUGUGUAAUUCAGGGCUCCUUCCAAUAGAAAGGAUGUGGUGAAACGUGAAAGGGUUCAGAAAAGAUUUACAAGGAUGUUGUCAGGGUUGAAAGGGUUGAACUAAAGGGAGAGGCUGAACGGGCUGGGGAUGUUUUCCCUGGAGCGUCGGAGGCUGAGGGGUGACCUUGUAGAGGUUUAUAAAAUCAUGAUGGGCAUGGGUAGGGUAAAUAGACAAGGUCUUUUCUCUGAGGUAGGGGAUUUAGGGUGAAAGGAGAAAGAUUUAAAAGGGACCUAAGGGGCAACUUUUUCCCACAGAAGGUGGUUCUUAUAUGGAAUAAGUUGCCAGAGAAAGAGGUGGAGGCUGCAACAUUUAAAAGGCACCUGGAUAGGUACAAUAUAUGGGCCAAGUGCUGGCAAAUGGGACUAGAUUAGUUUAGGAUAUCUGGUCAGCAUGGAUGAUUUCGACCUAAAAGUCUGUUUUCAUCUCUAUGACUCUAUAAAAGAAAAGUUGAAGUAGUUGAUAUGAAAAAUGAUGAAGAGCAAUUCUGAAGAUUUGACUGGCCUGUUGUCUCCACAGUUGCUGACUGGCCACUUGAAUGUUUCAAGCAUCAGUUUUUCUUUACUUCAAUUUAAAAAAACCUAUAAAAUUCUAACAGGAUUAGACCAGGUAAAUACAAGGAAAAUGUUCCUGAUGACCAGGAUGUCCGGCACCAGUGAUCACAGUCUCAGGAUAUGAGGUAGGCCAGUUAGGACUGAGAUGGGAAGAAAUAUCUUCGCUCAGAGUGGUGAGACUAUGGAAUUCUCUGCUACAAAAAGUGAUUGAGGCCAAGCAAUUGAAUGAUAUCAAGAAGGUGAUAAGCAUAAUUCUUAGGGCUAAAGAAAUCAAAGGGUAUGAUUUAAAAGCAGGGACAGAGUUCUGAGUGGGAUGAUCAGCUGUGAUCAUAUUGAAUAGUGGAACAGACUCAUCUGGAAGAUUGGCUAAUUCCUGUUCCUAUUUUCUAUGAUUCUAUGUUUGCUUUAUAUUUAGAACAUAGAACUGUACAGUAUAGGAAUGGACUCUUUGGCCCAUGAUGUGUCAAACAUGACGCCAAAUUAAACUAAUCUCUUCUGCCUGCCCUUGGUCUAUAUUCCUCCAUUCUAUGCAUAUUCAUAUGCUUAUCUAAAUGUCUCAAACUCCCCUAUUGUACCUACCUUCACCACCACCUCUGACAACGUGUUCCACACUCCUACCACUCUGUGUAAAAAAAAAACUUUCUCCUUAUGUCUCCUUUGAACUUUCCCCAUCUCACCUUAAAUGCAUGCUGUCUAAUUUUAGACAUUUCAACUCUAGGAAAAAGAUUCUGACCGUUGACCCUAUCUAUGCAUCUUAUGAUUUUAUGAACCUAUCAAAUUUCCAAUCAGCCUCCAUUAUUCCAGAUAGAAAACAACGUAUGUUUUUCUAGCCUCUUCUUAUAGCUCAUACCCUCUAAUCCAGGUAGUAUCCAAGUAAACCUCUUCUGCACCCUCUCUAAAACCUCCACAUCCUUUGUGUAAUGUGGUGACCAGAAUUGAACACAGUGCUCUUAAGUGUUGCGUAACCAAAGUAUUAUAAAGCUGCGACAUGACAUCCUGAUUUUUGUACUCAAUUCUCUGACCAAUAAAGGCAAGCAUGCCAUAUGCUGCCUUUACUACCCUAUUUAUUUAUGGGGCCACUUUCAGGGAGCUAUGGACUUGAACCCCAAGAUCCCUCUGUACAUCAGUGUUGUUCAGGGUCCUGCCAUUAACUAUACUUUUCCUUAACAUUUGAUCUCCCAAAGUUCAGCACCUCAUACUUACACAUUAAAUCCCAUCUGUCAUUUCUCUGCCCAUACCUGCAACUGAUCCAUAUCCUACUGUAUCCUUUGACAGCCUUCUACUUUAUAAAGUGAGUCCCUGAAAUCAUAUGUUUUGAGUUCUCUGAGGAGUUAGAUUGUGGUUCGAUUUUUUUUAAAGAAAGCAACUACCACGACCCUGGUAGAAUGUGAAAUAUCAUCAAUUUAAUCUCUAGGAUAGUUAAUCUGACUUUGACCACUCCUUCUGCACCCUCUCUAUUGUCUUUUCACUUUUCCUAAGCUGUGGGUGCACUACUCCAGUUGAGCUGAACCAGAAAGUUUAUCAUAACUUGGCUUUGUACACUCUGCCUCAAUUGAUAAAGCUCAGGAUGCCAGAAGUUCUAUAAACUACUCUCUUGUCUUGACACCUUCACUGGAGAUUGAUUUAUGCUACAUACAUUCAGUUCUGUCUGCUCCUGCACUCGUUUUAGAAUUGCACCUUUCAUUUUACACUGCCGCUCCAUGCUCUUCAAACAAAAUUAAUCAAUUCACACUUCUCUGUGUUACAUGUCAGCUGUUAUUUGUCUGCUCAUUCCACCAACUUGUCUGUCUCUUUUAGAGAUCUAUCCUACACCCAUGGUUCAGAAUACUUGCAAGUUUGAUACCAUCUGCAAAUUUUGAAAUUGUGCUACAUAAAAUAUUUAAGCAUCAAGCGAGUAAAUACACUGUUUGAUGCCACACUAAGUCAUACACACCAAAGUGUCCCAUGGCUGCUACUUUGUAUGUGUGUGUUGAAUUGGUUUCUGUCUUUCAGAACAAUAUGAUGCUACUGGAUUAUCAGCAGCACCCUUUGGGAGAGAUCAGUCCUUUGGAAAGCCUUGUGUAAAUAUACGACUAUGUAGCCAUAAAAAUAAAAGAAAUUUUCAGGGCUAUCAGGAAAUGGUAAUGUGCAGCUACAUGGAUAGCUAUUCUGGGACAAACAAGAAUACCUCCUUUGAUCUGAUAUUAGAUGAGCACAGGAUGAUGUAACCUUUGUUGUUUCACUUCAGACAUGAAAAGCUUAGCAGUAAAUUCAAGAUUUUCUGGCACCUAUUUCAUUUCGAUCCCAUAAUUUAUUGUCUUUAUGGGCAAAAGGGAGAAUAUCAGAGGGAUAAGCAACUAACCAAAGCAGUGACUAUCACAUGUAUGUAAACCUAAAACUGUUUAGUAAAGCUGGAGCCACAUUUGAUGAUAAAAUACAAGGAAUAUUACCAUUUACAGCUUUAUUGAAAUUCAGAGAACAAGGGAUGGUAAUGACAAAAAUGGAGGCCAAUCAAAAUGAUCAGACAAAAUGAACCAAUUAUGUGAAUUGAUCAUUAAGAUUCAAGGUAGUUAAAGUCUUUUUCUAAGAUACUAAGAAGUACCUAUCUCUAAUGGAAGGAAGAUCCUAAUUGACAGAUCUUGAAUUCUUCUAAGAUGUUCCAAGUGCAGAGGGUGGUGUAUGUCUCGAAUGAGCUGCCAGAGGAAGUGGUGGAGGCUGAUACAAUUGUAGCAUUUAAAAGGCAUCUGGAGGGAUAUGUGCAUAGGAAAGGUUUAGCAAAUGGGACUAAAUUAGGUUAGGAUAUCUGGUCGGCAUGGACAAGUUGGACCAAAGGGUCUGUUUCCUUGCUGUACAUCUCUCUGACAAAAGAAAUUCAAAUGACCCAAGACCUAUUUGAAUCACUUUUAUUGAUAUAGAACAGUAACACAAGACUGAAAUAUAAAAUUGAGUUGUUAACUUGGAUUUUGAUUAACAUCAUUUUUGUCAAGGAAAUUCCUUGGUAUUUUCCAUAAGCAGAUGUCAAUUAAUAAGCAAAAUUCCAAUUUUGGUAAACUGACAGAUUUUGUAUAAACAGCUGAAAAUGUGUUGCUGGAAAAGCGCAGCAGGUCAGGCAGCAUCCAAGGAACAGGAAAUUCGACAUUUCGGGCAUAAGCCCUUCAUCCUGAUACUCCAGCAUCUGCAGACCUCACUUUCUCCUCGAAGAUUUUGUAUAAAUCCCGAUAUCACUGCGGUCAGUCAGGAACAUUGAAAAUAACACACAAGCCAGUUCUCUUACUUUACAUUAUAAUCAAAGUGGCUAGAGCAGGGCUAUUGGCAAGGCAGAUGGCCUGGCUUGGCAGCAGAGCCAGGCACUCUUUCUUUCACCUUUAUCUUUUUAUUUUUAAAAUGGUGCAAGAUUGUGGUGACAAUUGAGGCUUUUCACUGUAUUUUACUCAAUUGUUCAUUGUACAGUACAAGUGGCAAUCAAUUAUCACUCAUUCAGUUCAAAAGCAUCCAGGAAAAACAGUCUGCUUGAUCAGCACUCACAUCCACCAACCUAAGCAUUCAUUCUCUCAGCCACCAGUGCACAGCAGCAGCAACGUGUACAUAAUGAGGCAAUGCAGUAAGAUGCCAAGCCCCUUUGGAUGGCAUAUUUUAAACAUGUGAUCUGGAUCACUUAGAAGGACGUGGGCAACAGAUAUAUGGGACACUACCACCUUGAAGUUCACUCCACACUACAACCCGUCAUGAUUUGGAACUCUGUUGUCAUUCCUUAACCAACACCGGUUAAAGAAGGUGAAACUAAGAGAAAAUUGCAGAAUGAGGGAGGUGAUGAAGCGAAAAAGCUGGGAUUACUAUUUGAACCUUACUGUUUCUUAUCUACAUUAAAACCUAGAUCCAAUACAAUUGUAAAUUUCUUAAAUUUGUGGAGAGGAAUGGGUUUCAUGUUUUGAAAAUAUUUUGCAAUUAUUAUGUAAUUGGCAAAUAAGUUACAAAUGUAAAGUAUUGAUUAGCUAAAAUAAUGAGCCUCGUUCGUAAGCAAGAAAGGGAGGUGCAUUAACAAGCCUUUGUAAAACUGAUCAAUGUCAAGUGGCAAAUAAAGCAAAUUGAUUCAUGAACAAACCAGUUCAUUAUAAAAUUGUAGUGAUGACACUAAGGUUUAAUAGUUCACUGGAGAUGCCUAAGUUGAAGUACUCCAGGGUUCACAAUAAAUGGGAGCAGGGAGCAAAUUGCACAAAUCAGAUGUUGCCAAAUAAAGAAAGGCACCUCCAGGCAAAGUACAGUAUUAAUGAACAAAAACAAAUUUCAGGAAAACCUCUGCAGGUCUGACAGUAUGUGGGAAGAAAGCAGAGCUAAUAUUUGAAGUCUGUUGACUCUACGUCA